UGAAAGCGAGGGAAGUGAGCCAGCACAGAGCAGGAGCAGAGGAGGUGGAUGGAAGAGGAGAAGAGGAGAGGCUUUGACUGGAAGCGUACACAUGGGAGAGAAGAAAACGGCUAUUUCAUGUGCUCGGUGUGCAUGACUGAGGAGUGUGGCUGUCUGUCUGGAUUGUUAGUCAUCUUCCCUACAACUAGAGGACAUACGAAGAAGCACGGGCAGGCUGGGGAAUAUAGGGCUGUGUGCAGAGGAUGAACAGGCGAUGUGGGCUCUCUGGCUGUGAUCGCUGUCCUCAGACCCCGUAGCCACUUGCACUGGUGCUGUUGCAGGCCGUCAGCCUCGCAGUUAGGCUGCAGCAGUCAGAGUGAUUGAUACAGAAUGAGCUCCAAGCACUCCUCCGACUGGAUUCCCUACAGCACUUUAGAUGAUGAGGGCACCAACCUCCGACAGCAGAAGCUGGACAGACAGAGAGCGCUCCUUGAACAGAAGCAGAAGAAGAAGAGGCAGGAGCCUCUGAUGGUGCAGUCCAAUGUGGACGGGAGAUCUCGCACUCGUCGGACCAAACAGAGCGAGGAACAGGCUCCGCUGGUGGAAUCCUACCUCAGCAGCAACAGCAGCACCAUCUACCACGUGCAAAAAGCUGACCAGGAGGAGGUGAAGGUGAUCGCGGACACACAGCCGCCUCGGUCAGCCAAAAAGGGCAAAGCAUCGGCCAGCUCCACACCGCAGACGAGCAGCGACAAGAAGGAGAGGAAGGGCAAACACAAAGCGAUCGAUGGCCUGGCUUCCCAGCAGGAUGAUGCUCAGAUCCAGAUCCUGACGGUGGGACACCCCAGCGCAGAGGAGGGCGAGGUCGAGCCCGUCAUGAGCUGCACUCAGUCGCAGAGUAAACAGGAUCUGCGCGUCACCAUGCUCAAGAAAGGAAUAUCUAGCAGUAUGAAUUUUGAUGAAGAAGAGGAUGAUGAAGAUGAAAUUAGCUCCAGUUCCUCACAACUCAACAGCAACACGAGACCAGGCUCUGCCACGAGCAAGAAGUCAUGCAAGGAGGUGGCCUCAGCACCCACUCCACCAGUCAAUGAACCUGCCAUCGACGUAGACGACCUUGAAGAGUUUUCUCUGCGACCUGCACCCCAGGGGAUUCGAGUAAAGUGCAGAAUCACCAGAGACAAGAAAGGCAUGGACAGAGGCAUGUAUCCCACCUACUACCUUCACCUGGAGAGAGAGGACGGCAAGAAGGUGUUUCUGUUAGCUGGCAGGAAGAGGAAAAAGAGUAAAACAUCAAAUUACCUCAUCUCCAUCGAUCCCACUGAUCUGUCUCGAGGUGGAGAGAGCUUCAUUGGUAAACUGAGGUCUAACCUCAUGGGAACUAAGUUCACUGUAUACGACAGCGGCCUGAACCCCAUGAAGAGCACCACCAGCCUUGAAGCUAGCAACCUGCGUCAAGAGUUAGCAGCCAUUUGCUAUGAAACCAAUGUUUUAGGAUUCAAAGGACCUCGCAAAAUGAGUGUCAUCAUUCCUGGAAUGAACAUGGACCACGAGAGAGUCUCUAUUCGCCCGCGAAAUGACCACGAGUCACUGCUGGCCAGGUGGCAGAACAAGAACACAGAGAGCGUGAUUGAACUUCACAACAAGACACCUGUGUGGAACGAUGACACACAAUCCUAUGUGCUCAACUUCCACGGCAGAGUCACUCAGGCCUCUGUCAAAAAUUUCCAAAUCAUUCACGACAAUGACCCUGACUACAUUGUGAUGCAGUUUGGCCGUGUGGCAGAGGAUAUCUUCACCAUGGACUAUAACUACCCAAUGUGUGCCCUGCAAGCCUUUGCCAUUGCCCUCUCCAGCUUUGACAGCAAAUUAGCCUGUGAAUAGAUCCCAGCCUGAAGUUCAGUGGAGAACUGGUCCAUCUGUCCUCUCAACAAGGGCUGAUAAUGUAUCCCUGGGGCUGGUUUGAUCUCCAAAUCACCCAGUACCCUGGAAGUCCUGCAUAUCCCAAAAUGCUUUAUGGGCCUCAAGUUUUGUGUGCGUGUGUGUGUGUGUGUGUGUGUGUGUGUGUGUGUGUGUGUGUGUGUAUGUGUGUGUGUG